AUGACCAUUAUGUCAAAGGUGAUGUGCAGGCCAACACAACCACUGAAAAAUGUUCCCUCCAAUGGGCAAAAGCAGAACAUUAGGCAGAAAGAGAAGGUGGUGUUGGUGAUGGGAGCAACAGGAACUGGAAAGUCAAGGCUUUCCAUCGACCUAGCCAAAUCUUUUCCAGCAGAAAUCAUAAACUCGGACAAAAUGCAAGUCUACGAAGGGCUUGACAUAGUCACAAACAAAAUCACCAAAGAAGAGCAACUUGGGGUGCCACACCAUUUGCUAGGAACACACAACCCCAACUUAGAGUUUACAGCUUCUGAUUUCUGUGACAUGGCAUCACUCGCCAUCGAAUCAAUCACGGAUCGUGAGAAGCUUCCAAUAAUCGUGGGAGGCUCCAACUCCUACAUUGAAGCCUUGGUCGAUAAAUUUGGUCCAAGGUACGAUUGGUGUUGUCUUUGGGUGGACGUGUCAACGCCCGUUCUUCAUUCCUAUGUAGCACAGCGUGUUGAUCACAUGCUUAACAAGGGAAUGGUGAAUGAGUUAAGACCCUUUUUUAAUCCCAACGGGGAUUAUUCAAGGGGCAUAAGAAAAGCCAUUGGGGUACCCGAAUUUGACUCGUAUUUUCGAAGGGAAGAGUUCUCCAACAACGAAACGAGACAGAGGUUGCUCCAGGAAGCGGUUGGUGAAGUGAAGAGUAAUACGUGCAAAUUGGCAUGCAAACAAGUUGGGAGGAUUCAUAGGCUUCGAAGCGUUAAAGGGUGGAAGAUUCAUCGCGUUUGUGCCACGCCCGUGUUUCAAAAGCGUGGCCAAGAAUCAAAUCAUGCAUGGAAGAAUAUGGUGGCACAGCCUUGUGCCUCCGUAGUUGCCCAGUUUCUAUACAAUGAUGAUCAUCAUCUUCAGGGGUUGGUGGAGAGGUUGAGGAAGAUGAGGGUGCAGAGUGGGCGAGGAGUUGUUGAUGGGAGAGGAAUAAUUGGGGACCUUAUUUGGCUCUCAAUCUUUGGCACUAUUGCCAGAAAUGUUAGAGCCACUGUUACUAUAUUGAAAAUCUCCACUCUCUUCCCCAUCAGAUCCUAG